AUGGACUUGCAGAAACUGAGUCAUGCACUAAAAAUACUGUCCGAAACCGAAAAGCAAUUGAGGAUGUCAAAAAACCAAACAACAUGGCUUACUGUAGCUCUUCUACAGCUUAGCUCUAUGGAAUGUUCUUCUGCAGAAGCGAAUGAGUCGAAUUUGUGGCUUGAUAAUGCUCACGACAGAGGGGAGGACUUGAAGCAUCUUGUCAAUUACUCAUGUGAGGACAAAAAGUCACACAAAUUGCCAGAAGAUUGUAGAAGAACCUUGGAAUCCAUAUGGAAGAGGGCCACAGAAUUAUGCCAAUCGAAUUCACUGAAGAGUUUUCUUAUGGAACAAGGGAAACUAUCUUCUCUAACUGUCAGCCAAGGUGUAGCGGUAGCUGAAUUGGAGUUCUGCCACCCUGAUUGUGUAUCGAAGGCGGAGAAGUCGCAGAAACUGAUUACCAACUUGCUUCAGUCUGUUUUAAGUUGUAAUGUAGAGGUCAGGAUCAACCUUGUAUCUUGUGGUUCUAAUUCAAG